UUUUUUCACAGACAUCGUGACAUUUCCACUCGCAACAUCCAAUUUCACAUUCUGGGCCCAUGACCUGAUGGCUAAGGUUUGUUUGGAUGACCAUAAGGCUGCUGCACUUCUUGUUCCUCCAAUAUUUAUAAUAUUCCAUUCAUUAUAAUAAGAGACGUGCAUUUUCUGGAAUUUGCCCAGAAGAGGAAGACCUGGAAACAACUUGAGGAGGCUAGCACCGGAUCCAGAAAACGAUGUAAUGCUGAUGAUGAUUCUUUUUUCAGCAACUAUCGUAGUUUUUCCUAGAUAUUUGCUCAGAAGCUUAGUGUUCAAUUUUAUUUAUUUCAUAGCUUCUGCCAAAAUAUUCUAACGUUAUUUUUAGCUGCAUAUUAUUGCGCUAGCGCAAUUCCACAGCACUCUAAUUCGUUUGUACAUCUACUACCACUCUCUUGAAUGAAUCUCACUUCAUCAUGAAUAGGUAGUUAUCAGCUGACAAGCACCGGGCCCCUCUAGAAUGAUCCCAAAAAGUUAAUCAAAUCCACGCAGCGCGUAACAGAGUUUAUAAUUGAUCCGUCCACAACGUCCCUCCAGCUAUCCAGCCAGCAAUUCCCCCGUAGCAGCCGUUUUAUUCCCGCUGGUAUCCUGCUAAGCAACAAGUAGAUGGGAAACGACAAACUUGCGUACGCGCCGCCACUGUUUCAAUAGCCGCACGUUAAAACUUUCAUUCGUUCACUACGCUCAGUCUGUGCUCUACGGUAACGACGGAUUCGGCUGCUGACUCCUGCUGCACGUAUUUUACGUUUCCAGUAAUCAGCGACGUCGUGUCUACAGGACGUGUCGGUUAAUUUUUUUUUUCUUGGGUCCGGGUGGAUUUUGUUUACUCCAGCACAUGGCAUUAGUAAAGGGGCUUAUCAAAAUUAAGAUUGGCUGUGAAAGGCCAUUGGGCCGAUGAUUUCCGCAGGAGUAGAAGGACGUUUGCCCUACAUGACCUACUCGGAACCUUGGAGCCGAAACCCUCCGAAACAAUCAUCAGAGGUGUUUCUUAGGCCAGCUCCGAAAUUAAUGCCACCUGCAACAAGAUGUACUCAGGAACAAACAACAAUAUUUCUUCCUUACAGAACUUACAAUGGAUUACCAGCAACCACGUAUCCGAACGGUACCAGGAUCGCUCCGUCGAGGCCGAUCAGCAAAUACCCAUCGCCGCCACCUUCUGCCAUUCCCGUCAACCUUACGCAACCCAAAGAGGAAAUCAAAGAAGAAACUUUAUCUCCAUAUUCUCCAUAUAGAUUAUUUUCCCAUAGUCCUCAAUAUCCGCCGUUUGCUUAUCCGGCAAUGUGUCAGCAACCUUACAUGCUGAGAACCCCAACGUUCCCUCCGACGCCUUUAAGUCCACAGGAAAUAUUUUCACCUGCCACGCCUACAGCGAGUAGUACUGCCACAUUUUUAUCGCCGCCUGCCACAUUUAGUCCACCGUCAUCUUCCAUAAAGCCUACGCAAACAAAUAUUUUAAGACGGGAUAAAACUAAUUCGCCAGUUACCUCAUCGACAGUUCCCCAUUCGCCACUUCCCCAAAGUCCUAGUUUUAAAGUACCUUCUGGUAAAGAAGGCUCGAUGAAACAUAGAUUAUUAAUUAGGCCAGAAGAUGCUGUAUCGCGUAGUAUGCCAUUGGAUUUGCAAAAACCUCCAGAGGGUCGGAAAAGGUUGACAGCAACAAUAUCACCCCCUCGAUCUCCUAAGAAGCAUCUGAACAAUAACACGGUGCCAGCGAAUUUUCAAAAAGGCCAACUCAUUCAACUGGCGAAUGGCGAAUUCAAAAGGAUCGAGGAGAUGAGGACUGAAGAUUUCGUUCAUUCAGCUGAAAAGAGUCCUGCUUUACGAUUGGCUGAGAGUACUGUAGUGAAAAUUGAGGAGGGAAAAGAUGGACAAGUUACCAUUACGCUUACUUAUGAUCAAAGAAGAGCACAGGUGGAAGUUGAUUCGACUCCCGACCAUCCGUAUUUUGUGAUGGGACACGGCUGGGCCAGUUGCAAUCCGGAUAGGACGUUUCAUUGUUAUCGGCUUAAAGUUCAUAAACUUCAGGUAGGAGACGUUUUAGUCUCACUAACACCACGCGAACCAGCGGCACAGCCAGCAACCACCAGCACGGCCUUCCGAAGUACCACAAUCAUGACUACGGCUACCACCACAGCGAUGUCGGCCAGGCAAUAUUCUGGUAACGCAGCGGUUACCAGUACAGUUACCAGCGCUACAAUCCCCUCAAAUCAUUUCCUACCUCCUGCCAGCUCGCCUCAGGUCCACCACAGGCCGAUGUCGCACUCGCCUCCUAAAUCUUUUACUGCGCAGCAAAUGAAUUAUUACGCGCAUCAUCAGCACCAGCAACAAAUGACGCCAUUGCAAUUGGAUAUUGAAAGUAGGAAAAGGAGAUGGAGCGCUCCGGAUGGUAUUGAAGAUGACGAGCUGGCAAGGAGAAGCAGGGUGGAAUGAUUGUUUAACGUGAUAGUUUUGCAUAAGGUUAAGGACUGAUAAUUAAUUAUUUGUUUUUUUUUUUGUCUGUGGGGAACGAUUGGAGUUGGAAAUUUUUCAUUUUGUUCAAACAUUCAAAUUCAAUUUAUUCUAAAAAUCUACUUAAAUCAAACAUCAGAAUUUGACAUUGGUCAUAGUUUUUUCAAUCGAUACUAUGAUACCGUGCAAUACUUUACAAGGGAAAAAAGUGAUGUGAAUGAAACUGGAGAGCAAUGUCAAACAUCCAGUAAACUGAUGCUCCCUAGGAAGAGAAAUUUUUUGUUCCUUCCUGAAGUCGGAAAAUGUAUAAGUUGAGGUGCUAUUUUGUUCACUUAUAACUGGAGUGUUUUUAUUGAACAUCCAAAAUCUUGUUGCAAAAUCCAACUCCAAUCAACAAUCCUUUACCAUAUUAUGUUGUAGAUAUUUGUGUAUAACAUGUUGCUUUUUUUUUAUUGAUAUUAGUAUCGCCUUAAUAUGGAUUAUGGAUAAUUUAACCCAUGUGUAGGAAUUUUUUACAAUACAAAAAUAAUCCAUUAUCCAUAUUAUUAAUUUUUAAUGUAGGAUAAAAAAAUUUAUACCCAUGAAAAUAGUGCAAUCGAAACAAAUAUUUUAUUUCGUAAAGUUUGUUCAUGACAAUAUAAGUAGAUUUAAAAUAAUGAUGAAGUUAAGGGGCAAGAUGCAUUAAUUCUGUUGUUGUAUCGAUGAAAAGUUGAUGGUUAUUAUUUUUGCUUGCCGCGUUUUUUUUUUUAAUGUAAUGCUUGUGCAUACAAAUUUCCCAAUGUUUAAUAAAACAUCAAGUGUUCUAUCGAUACAAAUUGUAAAUAGGAAAAAAGGAGUAUUAUUAAGAGUGAUAUCUAAAGAAAAAAUUAAAAGGUAGGUUUUUUUUAUUAAGGACGGAGCUAUGGUGGAGUAUUGGUGUGUGGAUCCACCUCGAUCUCAAUGGCCGUGUGAUAAAACUGCUUUUAUACAAAAUAAUGUUCUCAAAAGAUCUGUAUUUUAUUGUCAGUCUUAAAAGGUGGAUUCGAAUAGGCGUCGGACGAAAAUUAAUACAAAAAUUUGUUCACAAUCAUCUAUGAACCCUCAUACUUUUUUUGAUGAUCAUUUUCAAACUGCAGCCAUAGAUGAAUAAACUUCGUGUCAGAACUUCAAGAUGCAGAAGUUAAGGUUUGCAAAAUAGCUACGAUGCCAUUAUAUCUGUGGUAAUUUCAGGAAAUAUACCAUUCUCAAAUAACCAAUCAAUUAAUCAGAACAAAUAGUAGAUACAGAUCAAUUAUACCAAUUAUCAUUUUCGUCAUCUCAGUUUAUGUAGACUCAAAUCUACAUAGGAUGCUUUUAUACCUACAGUGAUCUACACUUUUCUGCACUUUCUUCACAAAAUGACACCAGUUAAGAGGACCUUUAAGUAUGCGGAAAAUUCCAGUUAACGACAGGAAAAUCUUCAAAAUGCAUUCAAAGAAAUACUCCCAUGUCUAAAUUUCUUUUUUGACUUUACCAGAAAUAUCUUGAUGGAUGGGACAAUAUACUGCUGGAACAGUAGAACCCACCCAUUGUAGACUUAUAUUUUUCCAAGUCCACCUUCGACUGACGCCUAUAAGAAAUCCCAACAUAAAAGUAAAGAACGCCUCAGAAGACAUUAAAGUUGCUUAGAGUAUUUUAACUACCUAAACGGCAUUAACAUUUCUUCUGAAACGUGGCGCUUGAAUACCUUCAAAAUUAUUUCUAUUAUAGUAUUUUAACAGUGUUUGUCUAUAGAAGCAGUCCUGUGGUUUUUUUGAAAAACAACUGGCGCCUGAAACUGAUUAAGUUUUUACAUGAGUUUCAGACCAUCAUUUGUUUAAAAUAAAAACCGAACCAAAGUAAUUAUUUUGCAAAACAAUCAAUUUUAAUGGAUCUCUAAGAAAUUCUUCCAAGAAAUCCUUUUUGUUCUGCAAAGUAUUUAAAUGCUUUUUCAAAAUGUUUAUAAUUUUUCCAUGUGACUUCUUGGCUGUGAUACAGUAAAGUAUGUGGAAAGUGCACACUUCCAUCCAUUUUGCGAUUACUGGACUAUAUUUGAUAAGAUAAGAGAAAAGGGUAUACGUGAGCCGAGUCAGUGGCAAAAAUAUAUUAAAUAAUCAUUUAAUAUAUUAUUUGCCCUGAAGAUAAAGGAAGAAAAUCAAAAACCAUUUUUGUAUGUAGUUUCAAAAAAUAUAAGCUUAUGGCUUCUAAGAAGAUCCUAACUAAAUGUGUUGACUUUUCUGCAUAACAUAAAAUACCUCACUCGUGCUUUUUUUUGUUAAAUAUUUGUAUAGAUAAAAUAAAACCUGCAACUCAUUUAUUGGUCGGCAAUUGUUUGUAGUAUAAGUAACUGUGCAUUAUUAUAAUUUUGUAACAUAUUGAACAAUAGUUAAAUGGGUGAAUCUUCUUUUGCCCUCAAUUAAAAAAAAAAAGAAAAUACUGAUUUUUAAAAAAAAAUAAUUGUGAUUACUCUUAAUGUGUAGUACUUUUAAUUGUUAUUUGGCAUUCUGUGAUAUCAACUUUUUGUUAAAACUGUUUUUUUAUUUAAAAAAAAAAUUGUAACAGUAUUUUCUUGUUUUUCAUUUUGCAAAAUUCAGUUUACUAAUUGUUACCUCUGUCGCAAAGACCCAAAGGUACCUAAACAAAUAAAGAAUAGAAUAAAGUAGACAAUGAUUUUGAAAGUGCCUUGCAAAGUUUUGGGUGCUGGGCGCCCAAAAGAAAAUAUGGUAUGGGACAUUUGCUUAGAACUUGGGACUCUUUUUUAUACAAACUUAAUAUUUUCCCAAUAAUGUCCCGAGAAAACUAUUGAGAUAUAUUUAUAGGAUCUGUAAAAAAUUCCUGUUUUAACAUUUAAAAAAAAAAGAGAGAGCUAUUAUAUUAGAGCAAAAUUGUUGUAUAGACAUUAUAUAUUGUGUUACAGAUAUAUGUAUAUGGUGUGCCAUUGUUGAAAAUGUAUAAUGCCAUAUGAAAAAGGCAGUACAGUCAAAACAAAUAAAAACCAAUCUAUAUUCAAG